AUGGACGACAAGAAACCAUGGACACCGCAGUCAUCCUCCUCCUCGUCCAAUCCUGCCGACACCUUCGACUUCCACGUUCACCUCAAUACCCGCGACCUCCGAACCCGCGUAAUAGACUCUUUCAGACGAGAUCCGAACGCAAGCUUAACAAGAAACACCUCGAUCCAUAGUACCGAAGAACACCGCAAGCCCUACGAUCUUGAGAGCGCAGCGCAAGCCACGGCCAACUCUCCCCUCCUGCGAAACCUGAAAGGACGGCACCUGCAGAUGAUAGCCAUCGGCGGCAGUAUUGGAACCGGCUUGUUUGUCGGUUCAGGCAAAGCCCUCGCCCAUGGCGGCCCUGCUUCGCUGGUAAUAGCCUUCUCGCUGAUUGGAAUCAUGAUGUACUGCACCAUGCAAGCUCUGGGUGAGAUGGCUGUAACAUUUCCAGUCGCUGGUAGCUUUGCUGCAUAUUCCACCCGCUUCAUCGACCCUGCCUGGGGCUUUGCCAUGGGCUGGAACUACGCCCUACAGUGGCUGAUGGUCUUCCCGCUCGAGCUUGUUGCUGCCUCCAUCACCGUCGACUACUGGGUGCACGACAUCACUCUCAACGCCGCAUGGGUUUCCAUCUUCUGGAUAUUCAUUGUGGCUAUCAACUUCUUCGGCGUCAAAGGAUACGGCGAGGCCGAAUUCGUCUUCAGCAUCGUCAAAGUCACCGCCGUCAUCGGCUACAUCAUCCUCGGCGUUCUCAUGAACAUUGGCGGUGGCCCCGGUGGCAGCUAUAUCGGCUUCAGCAUGUGGCAAGAAACCGGUGCUUUCAAAAACGGCUUCAAAGGCCUGUGCUCCGUCUUCGUCACCGCGGCAUUUGCCUUCGCAGGUACGGAACUCGUGGGCCUGGCAGCUGCCGAGACCGAAAACCCUCGCAAGGCUCUGCCUACUGCCAUCAAACAGGUCUUCUGGCGCAUCACCCUCUUCUACAUCGUCUCGCUAUUCCUCGUCGGCACCCUCGUAUCGUGUGACGAUCCGCGGUUGCUGAGCGCUUCCUCCAGUGCCGACGCAACCGCCUCCCCCUUCGUCAUCAGCAUCGAAAACUCUUUCAUUGAGGGUCUCCCUGCCGUGAUGAAUGUGGUUAUCAUGAUCGCAGUCCUGUCCGUCGGCAACUCCGCCAUCUACGGUAGCAGCCGCACCCUAGCCGCCCUAGCAGAACAGCGCCAGGCGCCUCGCGUCUUCGCCUACAUCGACCGGAAGGGUCGGCCCAUCGUGAGCAUCUGCCUCGCCAGCGCGCUCGGCUUCCUGUCCUACUUCGCCGCCUCCACCUACCAACAGACCGCCUUCGACUGGAUGCUGGCCACCUCCGGCCUCUCAUCCAUCUUCACCUGGGGCAGCAUCAACCUCGCGCACAUCCGCUUCCGCCGCGCCUGGGCCGCCCAAGGCCACACCCCCAGCGAACUCGCCUUCCGCUCCCCCAUCGGCGUCACCGGCAGCUGGAUCGGCUUCAUCUUCAACAUCCUGGUGCUCGUCGCCCAGUUCUGGACCGGCUUCAGCCCUGUGAAUCACCGCGAACUCGACACGGGCGGGCUCGUCACCAAUUUCUUUCAGGCCUACCUCGCCGCCCCCAUCGUCAUCCUCUGCUACAUCCCCUACAAGAUCUGGUACCGCACCAAGAUCGUCCGCAGCAGGGACAUCGAUGUCUGGACCGGCAAGCGCGAGUUGAAUGUCAAGGGCCUGCUGGCGGAGGAGCGCGCUGAUCGCAGGAGUUGGCCCACGUGGAAGAAGCUGUAUAAAUUCUUUUGCUGA